AUGCAAUUAGAUAGGCUUGAUAUUACACAAAAUCCUACAUUCAAGAGGUUCUUUGUGUGCUUUGAAGCUAUGAGGAAGGGUUUUGUUGAAGCUUGUAGACCUUUUAUAGGACUAGAUGGUUGCCACUUGAAAGGAAAUUUUGGUGGAGUGCUAUUGGUAGCAGUUUCACUUGAAGGAAACAAUGGCCUAUUUCCAGUGGCUUAUGGGGUGUUGGAAUGUGAGUGUAAAGACAGCUGGGGAUGGUUUCCUACAUGCUUGGAAACCAUUAUUGGUCAAAGUUCAUCAAGAGUUCCAUAUGUUAUUAUGUCAGAUAAACAAAAGGGCUUGAUUGAAGCUAUUCUUGAUGUAAUGCUUGAGUGUCAAGUUAGGCAUUGUACAAGACAUUUGUAUAACAACUUUAGAGGAAAACAUUCUGGGCUAGCAUUGAGGGAUAAUUUUUGGCGUGCAGUAAAAGCAUAUAAUCUAUUCCUUUUUGAGAAAGCUAUUUGGGUUGACAAUUUGCGUGGGAAGACAAUAUUAACUUUGGUAGAGCAAGUGAGGCUUAAAAUAAUGGAACAGCUACAUGAGCAAUACACUAGUGGAUGGAAUUGGGAAAUAAAGGUCACACUAGAAGCAUGGAAAAAGAUUGAGUUGACUAAAAAGAUUCAUUAUUCUUGUCCUUGUGGUGUUUGGGAAAUUAGUGGCUUGCCUUGCAAGCAUGUAGCAAAAUGUAUCACAUACAAAAGGGCGGACAUUCAAGAUUAUUGUGAUCCAUUCUACUCCAUGAGCAUAUACAUUCGAGCCUAUAGCCAAAUCCUUCACUCAAUGCCUGAUAUUGAUAUGUUACCUAAGGGUGAGUUGGAAACAGGCCAAGACACCGUGCUUCCUCCAAAACGGAAAAAGUUGAUUGGUAGACCUAAGAAAAAGAGAAAAAAAGAGCAAGGUGAACAUGCACCAGGGCUACAAGAAGCAAGGAGGUAUGCACUGUGA